AUGCCCAGCGCCGCCUUCGAUAUGUCGUACGCUGGCAGCGGCUGCGGAACCCCGACGAGGGGUGGAGCCGCCGGCGCCGUCGAGAGGCUCGGCGACGGUCUCGGCGGCGGCGGAGAUGCUGUCGCGGGAGCAGACAUCGAGAUGGACAUGCUGGACUCGGUCAACGGAGGAUUGCGAUGA